AUGGCGUCGCAUCUGGAAACCCUUGAUAUCCCUCAUCUGCCCGAACCACUCUCGGUGUACGUGGCGCUCUAUCGUGACGUCCAGAAUGCCGCCUUCCUAAGACAGCAGUUGCUCUCCGGCAACAAGGAAUUUGAAUAUGCCUUUAUUGAUGCAAGCAUGGUCUUCUCGAGAGCACAUGCGACCGCAGCUAUCUUUAGAGCUAUCAACGACUACAAAAAUGAUCGACUCAAGUCCCACAAUGUGCACUCGGAGAUUGUGUUCGCCUUGAAUCCGGCGAACAAUAUCGCCGAUUCAUUUCGGAAGUUUGGUGUUACAGACUCCACCAAAGACCUACUGGCCGUUAAAGUCUCUGUAUCUCCGGAGAUAACUCGUGACUCCGUCGCCGCGCAUCUGGAAGCUUCGGUUCAAGGAACUCCCGUCCCCUUUGAUGACCAAACAGUAUCCGAGAUUUCAGAUGUCGCCAGAAUCAAGAAAGUCUUCAAGCUUGGUGCUCUACCAUCCCCAGGUGACAAGAACAGCGGUCCAAAUGCCAAGCGCCAACUUGAAAUGUCAUUGGUAGGCGCAAUCGCUCUGAGAGGCUCUUAA